GCCCCAUUCAAACUCAGUAAGCUAUCGCCAUGGAUCGGGUUCAGGUCACGCCGCGGAGCUAUCCCACCAACCUCAUCGAUAAAGACUGGGCGAACCGAAAGCUUUUGUCUAGGGCAGACUCGGAGCAGUUUCUCGGUUUGGUGCACGAUUUGAAGCUCAGAGAUGACGACGUUUGGAUCGUAACUCUGCCGAAAUGUGGAACCACUUGGAUGCAGGAGUUACUUUGGUUGCUGCUCAACAAUUGCGACUUCCAGGGCGCAUUGGCCAAGGAUCAGGAGCUACGAACUCCGUUUCUCGAGUUCAAAUACUUCAUUUUUAGAGACCUGAACCGCGCAUUCGAGCCUAUUGAGGAAAUAAAAUCCCCACGACUUAUUAAGUCGCACCUUCCGCUGGCUCUCCUGCCCUCGAAGCUUUGGGAAGGAAACCACAAAGUGAUCUAUGUGUUCCGAAGCCCUCUGGACUCCUGUGUGUCGCGGUAUUACCACGGGGUAACUUUUGGUUUUCACUACGGGAAGUCACUGCACGAGUUCUUCGAUGAGAUGUUGGCCACGGAUGACUUCGCAACGGAGUUCAUUGAACAUGCACAUGAGUUCUACCUGCUGAGAAACGAGCCUUGGGUCUUCUAUACCAGCUUUGAAAUGAUGAAGAAAGAUCUGCCAGGAGUGAUCAAUGAUGUCUCCAGGUUUCUGGAUAAACCCAUCAACGAUCAGCAAAUGGAGCAACUGCUGAAGCAUUUGUCUUUCGCUGAAAUGAAAAAAAAUCCCACAACGAAUCAUCUGUGGGAGUUGUCCCAGUCUCAACACAAAAACGCUGGGAAAGAGACGCAUUCAUUCGUGAGACGUGGGGCUGUCAAUGGCUACAAGGACGAACUGAAACCCGAGCAAAUUGAGAAGGCGAAUGCCCGCAUACAAGCGGUUCUUGCGAAGAACGGAGUGACUUUGGACGAACUCCUGCUCCUAAAUGGUCCGCAAGAUAAGCCCUGUAUUUGGUUGUGUACCCAGCACACAAACAGUGAGGCAAUCACCCAUCGAAAUGGGCCAAAAGCACACCAACACCAGUGCAGCAGUGCACUCGCUGGCUGUGUGUGUGUAGUAUGAAAGUAGUGUGUGAAAGUAGUGAAAGCUGAAAGCCGAGGGCGAACGGGGCCAAUACUUAUGCUUAUGCAAGGCAGCCGAGAGCCGACGCCACCGCCCCAAAGGGAGGCAAAAAUCGUAGAACAGGCGACAUUCAUCGCAGGACGUGCGGCACGUGAAGUGUUCACUGUACUUUGGGAGCGGAGGAUAAGUCAAGAAGUCAACAGAGGAAGCCACAGCAUGUCCGCCCCCCACUCGCUGCCCGUGACGUCACGACUGUUGCUUCUGGUGGUGACGCUGCUCUUCUGCCCUGUGCAGGCGCAUCUCUCGAAGCGAAGCUACUCGGAUCAGAGUGUCCACGGCUACAUGACCGAGCGCACCUGCUGGUGGAACGAGGUGUGCAAGGAGGAGUUCCAGAGUCUCUUCCGCUGCAAGUGCCCCCAGUUCUCCUACUGCCGCUCGCCGGGACGCUACUACAAUGCCUACUGCUCGAUGACGGACACCGGUUAUAUUUGGACCCAGCCGAACUGGGAUUGGGGGGCGUAGGAUGAAGCCGCUCCGGACUAUGCCCCCGCCACGCCCCCUCACCGCCAGCACAGCUCGCUGUGACG